UUAAGAUCCUUUCUUUGCACAAAAGUAACUAUAUUAACCCAAGAAAAAAAACAUUUUUAUUCCGAAAUUUCACUUUCAAUUCUUGAAACCCCUUUGCAUCAUUUCUCUCAUAAAUAGAAGAUUACAAGUUCUUUGGGCAUUUUGAAGAUCCCAAGUUUUUCUUUUUGGCAUUUUGAAGAAAGAUGUUGGGAGAACUCAUCACCAGCAGUUUAGUAUUGGUUCUUGGAUAUGCAUAUCCUGCUUUUGAAUGCUAUAAGACUAUUGAGAAGAAAAAAGUUGAGAUUGAAGAACUCAGAUUUUGGUGCCAAUAUUGGAUCAUUGUGGCAUUGUUGAGAAUAUUUGAGAGCAUUGGUGAUGUAUUCAUGACAUGGCUACCAAUGUACAGUGAGGCAAAAUUGGCACUAAUAAUAUAUUUAUGGUAUCCGAAAACAAAGGGAACAGGAUACAUAUAUGAUACAUUACUGAAACCAUAUGUGUCAAGGCAUGAACCAAAUAUUGACAAAGGUUUUCUAGAGUUCAGAGCAAGAGCAUUUGACUUGGCCAUUUAUUACUGGCAAAAUUGCACUGAAUUGGGACAAGCAAAGUUCUUUGAAUUGCUUGAUUUUGCUUCUCCAUCUAGAAGAGGUUCACAGCUCAGCUCUGAGCAAAGAAAUAGUACCGACCAUUCUCGCGGACCGCCACCUCCUUCGGCCCCACCAGCACCAUCAUCAUCGUCAUCGUUCUGGUUAUUUAGGAGGAGUAAACCGUCCUCAGACAGGAGGCAACCACCAUCACCACGAUCAGAUAGGAGGCAGCCACCACAAUCUCCGAGGUCUUACUCCUCCCACCGGUCCAUAUUUCAUCCUUCUAAACCGGAAAUGGUCCAAGUACGCCCCGAGGAUCUUCGGUACGUAGACCCGGAUUAUCUUGAACCCGGUUCGGAUCACAAUUUGGAUUCUUCCUGGUCCCAAUAUAGACGCUACAACUAA